UACGGGUCAAAAUAAGUAAAGGGGCCUAUAUGUAAUUGUUGUAUAGUCUAGGGGGUUAUUGGUAGUUAGUGGCUAUAUAGUGUGUGCGUUGUAACAGACUUAACCAUCGAAUGAAUUGAGUUUUUCCUCUUCUCUUGUGUUCUUCUUCUCUAUCUUUCGAUCAUCUACUGUUAUUACGAAACUGUUCGUAACAAUGGUAUCAGAGCAAUCUUUCCUCACGACCGUGGGUUAAGAUUCGGGUAACAACGGUGUUCUACUGCAGCAAUCGAAUUAGGGUUCAACAAUCAGAUUUGGGUGACUUCGAAUUAGGGCAAGAAACGGUUCAACCAUCGGUUCUGGUGAUUCACAACAGUGUCCAGCAAUCAAGAAAUUAUUGAAACAACAUGGAAUUGGCUUUGGACAAGAUUAUGUCAAUACGGCAAGAAGGUACUGUCAGAGAUUAUUGCGAUUCAUUCCUCUUAUUGUUCGAUCAGGUUAGAAACUCUGAAGAAAUGUCUGAUUUCUAUGCUAUCUACCUGUUCAUAUGUGGUUUAGAACCAAGAAUUAGGAAUAUCUUUGUCGAAUGGCAUCAAUAUAGUUGCACUAAGGUGAAAGAUGUGAUUUCAUUGGCUUUAAAAAUUGAUUCUAAUGGCUUGCAAGAUUCUUUCUCUCCAUUUGAUCCAAAUUCUUCUUUUUAUAACAAAGAUUUAGAGUUUGAUAUUAAUAUCACUCUUGAAGAAUUGAUGAAAGACAAUGAGUUUUUCAAGAAUGGAAAAAUUCAAGAAGCCGACAUUGUUCAAGAAAUGAUUGACGAUGAAGUAAUUGAUGAGUCUACUGUUUUUGUUCAUAAAAGCACUAAAGAUAAGGAGAUUUGUGAUGAGUCUAUUGUUUUUGUUCAAGAACUCGGUGAUAAUGAGUUUUUAGGAACUGAUUUUUCUAAGAAUUUACAUGGUAGUGAGUCUUUCAAGCAAGAUGUGGGUGUUGAAUUUGAAAGGGUUAAUGUUGACAACAGCACAACAGUCCCUGUGAUACUUUAUGAUCAAGAAAACAUAGGACUUAAGGCUCGAUUUGAUAUGGUGCAGAAAAGUCUUGAAAAUAUUCUAGUUGACCCAUUAGUUGUGUUAAAUCGGGAAGGUGUGGUUGUGGAAAAAAUUCAGGUAAGGAAAAAAUGGUAUGUGAAGUUACAUUCUGGUGAUAUCCUUAGAUACGGGUUUUCAUCUCGCUUGUAUAGAUUUCAAGAAGAAACAGAAAAUGCCCUUAAGGUGCUGGCUAAAAUGUGGAAAAAACUUAGAAGUGAAAAGCAUAAGUUUGAGUUGGCGAGGGUAAAAACGUUUGAAUGGAAACCGGGUUGGCAAUAUGUAUUAAAAAUGAGUUUUUUGUUCCAAGAAAGUUGGUUCCUAUCAUUCAAUUGGGUUUUCCACACAUAUACUGCAUAUCUAAGUCCUAAUGGUAACUGUUUUAUAACAUUUGAGGGCUGCAGAACAUGCAUUUUCAUAGUUCAGGUUCGUAGUCAUGGUGCUCAGUUUGUUUGUGUUUCUAGUGGUGCUGAUAGUUUGUUAAAACUCUGGAGUAUUAAGACAGCAGAGGGUAGUUUGGUAAAACUAUGGAGUAUUAAGGCAUAUUGGAACUGGUCAAGUGGUAAAAAAAAUGGUUGGUGUCUAAAUUGGGAAGUCAACAGAGUGAUCAGUUUGUUGUUGCAACUUUUGAGUGUGCUUGUGCUCCAACUGUGGAUUAGGGAAGCUAUUAAAAUGAUAUUCUUUAUGCAACAAUGUCAAAUGCUAUUGAAGUUGGAGCAAAAUAUAGGUGAAGACAUGACGGAUUAUUUGGACAACUCAUACUGCAUUACCUUCGGCGGAUACUGUUGUGGUCUUCAUUGUUGGAAUAAAGCACAUGCAUUUGUUUUUGAUACUUGUGAUUAGUGGGUAUCUUAUUAUUAUUUUGACUUUUGAGGUCAAAAGUCUUAUAAGGGGAGAGUAUUGUUACGGGUCAAAAUAAGUAAAGGGGCCUAUAUGUAAUUGUUGUAUAGUCUAGGGGGUUAUUGGUAGUUAGUGGCUAUAUAGUGUGUGCGUUGUAACAGACUUAACCAUCGAAUGAAUUGAGUUUUUCCUCUUCUCUUGUGUUCUUCUUCUCUAUCUUUCGAUCAUCUACUGUUAUUACGAAACUGUUCGUAACAAAAUAUCAGUGGGCGCUUGACGAUUACUAUGAAAGCAAGGGAUCGGAUAAAGUUGACGCACAGGUGACACAUGCAGCCCCGAAAGCUCAAAGGGUGUAACAUAUGCUUAGUUGGCAGGAUGGGAUUUGGUUGAGAAAGAACACCUUCAUAAUGUCUUUUUGAGCAUGCUAUGUCUAUAAGAUGACUUGGUUCUUGGGUGGAUCUGAUUGGAUCAGUCUACAUGAUUAUUGGAACUUGACCAUGAAUGUUUUGGUUCACGGUUGGACUGUUAUUUAGUAACGAGUAUGAUUCAUGUAGUUUGAUCUGUUUAUGGUCUUUUUAAUCA